CAUAAAUUAAAGAGACUGGAAAACGACAUAGAGUUAAGCAAUGAAUUACCAAGAGUAUAAGAGUGUAAGAGAGGGAUGCAGAAAGUGUAUUAGAAUGAUGGUUGACAGAUAAAUAAGGAGCAGUUGGCUAUUUUUUACCAACACACAGGGUGUAAUGUUAUAAGACAAUAUAGGAAUGAUUUUGUAAAAGUAAUAAUCGAAACAGUCAUUGCCUCUUCAGGAGUAGGUAGUGGGUAUGAUUAGGGAAGGGCAUGCAGAAAGCUUUUAAGAUUUAAACAAUCUUUUGUUAAAAUAUUUAACAAUAUUUUAGAGGAAAAAUUUUUCUCAGAGUAAAAAGAAUAUAGGAGGAAGGAAAAGAAGAAAGAGGGAAUAUAAACAGAUUGAACAAAUAAAAAGAUGAGAUGGAACUUUUAAACACACAAAAAAGAGACAUUGCAAUGGGGAGAUGCUGCCAACCUAUAGCCUCUCCAGCCACCUCCCCAUCAACUUGCCCAGUUCCUGCCUCUCAACUGCCAGAGUGGCUGCCACCGUCCACCCACAUCUGAGUUGGCCCUGUGUGCUGAAACUCUCUUCACCUUCUCAAAAACACAGUCCUGUCCUCCAGGAAGCAUUCCCUGAUUCACUCAACCACCCUGCUCAUUUUCUUUACAGAUCUAUCUCUCACCUCUAGUCCCCUACCCCAAUAUUUUUGCCUUAUUUGCCUGCAAUGUUUCAAGUUUUCUGCUGAUGUUGAAUGAACUACCCAGGGUUUUUCAAAGCCAUGAGACUACUCUUUCUUCCAGCCCAUAAGCUCCUCCACCUUCAAUGACCACAUUGUUCAAUAAUUUGAAGUAGACUCCUUACUUCAGUGACUUAGGAUAGGCUACUAAAGAGGACAAAGUCAGACCUGACAUCUAAGUACAAUAUGUGACUCUCAACUGGAUCCUACGUAAAAAAAAAAAAAAAAAAAAUCCUACAAAGAACAUUAUUGGGCCAUAGAGAAAAUAAGAAUAUGGACUGUAUGUUAUAUAACAAUACUGUAUCAAUUUUAAGUUUAUUGAAUUUAAUUGCUGUACAGUGUUAAUUAAGAUCAUCUUGUUGUAGAAGACGAAUACUAAGACAAUAAGGAGAAAGAGGCAUGAUGUCCACAAGUUAUUCCCAAGUGACUCAGAGUAAAAAUGAUAAUACAUAAACAUAUUGAGCAUAAUGAUAGUGAAAAUGAGUAAAAAUACUAAAAAUUGAUGAAUUUGAUAAAGGUUAUAUAGAAGUUCUUGGAACUACACUUGCAACUUUUCUGUAAGUUUCAACUUAUUUCAAAAUCAAAGGUUUUUAAUUGCAUGUGAAUAAAAUUAACCGAGCAUUUUCAAAAGCAAAAUUCUACUUACAUGUCCCAAACUCAACAUGGUAUGUUUUUACUACUAUAUUUUAUCUUACAUGAAAAGGAGAGGAUAUUGAAAUCUAUUUCAGCUUUCUAUCACCAAACAUCAAUUCUUCAGGAUUUUUUUGCAGUUAUAGAACCAGAAAAUAAUCUUUCUGACUGACAUUAUAUUUUUUCUUGUUUUUAUAUAUCACACAUAAUGGAAAAUUUAGGCAGGACAUUUCAUUUGCAGGAGAAAUGUUUGUUCUUAGUUUAAUAAGUCAUAAUUUUUUCUGAAAGACCUAAAUCACCUGACUGAUCUUUCUAGCGGUUGAGUCAUUUCACAUACAGAAGAAAUCUCCACAGUCCACAUUUCUAUCACUGGUCAAAUCUCUUGCAAAAGUGUAAAGUAGAUAGAAUGUGAAUGAUUUGAGAAAAUUUAUGCCCACCACUAGAAAACAUGAUGAAUUCUCUAGUAAUGUUUACAAUCAGGAAACUCACUGAACACACGUUUCUUUGUAUUUCCUUCCACACAUAACAAAGGGAAAAUUCAGUAGUAGCAUAGCGAUCAGAACUUAAUAGGUACUUAAUAAAUUUUUGCAAAAUUAAUAGAAACUAACUAGUUAGCUGAUCUAUGCUUCACAUCAGACAUUUUGCAUUCAACCAGGAAGUCAGAGGCACCAGUGUGAGGCUCAAUCCGUUGCUGAGCACAUUAAUGGUUUCCUCACUCCCACUAGACAAUGUUUGAUUAGAAGGAACAGGGGAUGAGAAGGAGCUGCUGGAUGGUGAUGAGACUGGGAAAGGAAGGCUGGGCGAGCAGAGACAUAAGAGAAACACCCACCUACUGUGACCUCACAAACACCCAGGCUGAGUUUUAAUAAGACAGGUUGAAUCACACUGGGGUGACAGCCUCAUCCUUCCAGAUACAGACAGGAACAGGCCAUGGUUAACCAAAGCGCCACACCAGGCUUCCUCCUUCUGGGCUUCUCUGAACACCCAGGGCUGGAAAGGACUCUUUUCAUGGUUGUCUUCACUUCCUACCUCCUAACCCUAGUGGGCAACACACUCAUCAUCCUGCUGUCUGUGCUGGACCCCAGGCUCCACUCUCCAACGUACUUUUUCCUCUCCAACCUCUCCUUCUUGGACCUCUGUUUCACCAUGAGUUGUGUUCCCCAGAUGCUGGUCAACCUCUAGGAGCCAAAGAAGACCAUCAUCUUACUGGGCUGCUAUGUCCAGUUCUUCAUCUUUCUGUCCCUGGGGACCACUGAGUGCAAACUCCUGACAGUGAUGGCCUUUGACUGCUACAUGGCUAUCUUCAAGCCCCUCCACCAUGCCACCAUCAUCCAGCUCUGCCUGUGUUGGCAGCUGGCAUCUGUGGCCUGGGUCAUUGGGCUAGUGGAGUCAGUGGUCCAGACACCAUCCACCCUGCGCCUGCCCUUCUGCCCCCAUCGGCAGGUGGAUGAUUUUGUCUGUGAGGUCCCAGCUCUAAUUCGACUCUCCUGUGAAGACACCUCCUACAAUGAGAUCCAGAUGGCUGUUGCCAGUGUCUUCAUCUUGGCUGUGCCCAGCCUCAUCCUUGUCUCUUAUGGAGUCAUUGCCUGGGCAGUGCUAAGGACUAACUGCAAAAGGGCGAGGAAAGCUUUUGGGACCUGCUCCUCCCAUCUCACUGUGGUCACCCUGUUCUACAGCUCAGUCAUUGCUGUCUACCUCCAGCCCAAAAAUCCGUAUGCCCAAGACAGGGGCAAGUUCUUUGGUCUCUUCUAUGCAGUGGGCACUCCUUCACUUAACCCUCUCAUAUACGCCCUGAGGAACAAGGAGGUAACCAGGGCAUUCAGGAGAUUGCUGGGGAAGGAAAUGGGGCUCACACAAAGCUGAGGGAGAGCUGCUUAAUGUGCUUUAAAAGAGAGGAGAUUCUAUGUGCUUUUAUCAGAAAGUUUGAGUUCCCUGCCCCUCUGCCUUCCUCACACCCAUUACAUUGUGAGAAUGGAUGAAAGCCACAUGUCUGUGUGUGUGCAUGUAUGUGUGCAAGAGACAGCGUCUGAAAUGUAGUAAAAGGAGGUAUCUUUAUGCGAAAAAUUAUAGGCAUCAAGUAUAAUAUUUUAUAUUUUUUUCUAUUUUAAGUCUUCGCCUCCAUAGUCAUGUUCCUACUUUUAUCACUUCCAUUUUUAAUUCCCCUCCCUUGCCAUAUCCCCACUAUUCUUUUUUUUUUUUUUUGAGACGGAGUCUCGCUCUGUCACCCAGGCUGGAGUGCAGUGG